AUGCCGAUGGAAACUGGAUGACACGGGCGCCACUGCGGAGCGCACACAGGCAGCUCGAGACCACCAUUCGUUGGCGGGAGCAGGGGGGAAAGAAGGGACCGAUUGGCUGGGUUUGUGGGGCGUGGCUGCGGCCGGUUGUUGUCAAGGGAGACCCCGCCCCUCCCUGCCCGAGACGCUCAAGAUCUGGCAGUUUCCAUCAGGGGAGGGGAGUGGCUUUUUGCUAAAAGGGGCAGAGUCUGUGGCGGAGAGCCGCUGGGUGUCAGGACGUACGGCUGACCGUCCGUCCGUCCGAUCUAUCGAUUCGUUUGACGGUGCUAAGAGACGGGGGGAUCGGACAGCGACAUCUUUCUUGUGUUGUAGCGUUUUUUUCAUGUGUGUGUUGGCCUGAUUUCCGAAGGACGGUAGCAGGCAGCAGCUGUGAGCUUCUCUGCAUUAUUGUUAGUACCGCCACCUUCUCCAUCACCAUAGACACCAAGAGCCCGAGAGGAGCGAUCCAAUUCACAGGGCAACAAUCCCUGAAAGAAACGCACAACUACUCUUCUCACUUCGGGGGCUUAGAAAAAUAUAAAAGCCGGCAGCCAAACAUGACAACCGCGACCUCGCCUAUUCUGCUUAAGUGGGAUCCCAAAAGCCUGGAAAUACGUACUGUGACGGUGGAAAGAUUACUAGAACCAUUGGUUACACAGGUAACCACCCUCGUGAAUACAAGCAGCAAGGGUCCAUCAAGUAAAAAGAAAGGUCGAUCCAAGAAAGCACAUGUACUGGCUGCUUCUGUAGAACAAGCUACUCAGAAUUUUUUAGAGAAGGGGGACCAGAUUGCAAAGGAGAGCCAGGAUCUGAAGGAGGAGCUUCUAGUGGCUGUGGAUGAUGUACGUAAACAAGGAGAAAGUAUGAGAAUUGCAUCUGCAGAGUUUGCAGAAGAUCCCUGCUCUUCCGUAAAGCGUGGAACCAUGGUUCGGGCAGCCCGUGCUCUGCUUUCUGGAGUAACGCGUUUGUUGAUCCUUGCUGACAUGGCGGAUGUCAUGAGGCUUUUAACUCAUUUAAAAAUUGUAGAGGAAUCUUUGGAUGCUGUGAAGAAUGCCACCAAUGAGCAGGAUCUGGCCAGUCGCUUCAAGGAAUUCGGGAAGGAGAUGGUCAAACUAAAUUAUGUGGCUGCUAGAAGACAGCAGGAACUGAAAGAUCUUCACUCGAGGGAUGAAAUGGCAGCAGCUCGGGGUGCUUUGAAGAAGAAUGCAACAAUGCUCUAUACUGCCUCCCAAGCAUUUCUCCGACACCCUGAUGUAGCUGCUACCAGAGUGAAUCGCGAUUAUGUCUUCAAACAAGUACAAGAGGCUAUUGCUGGAAUUUCGAAUGCAGCCCAGUCUACUUCAGUGCCAGAUGACAAACAUGGACCAAUUGGCAUUGGUGAGCUGGCUGCAGCAUUGAAUGAAUUUGAUAAUAAGAUAAUUUUAGAUCCUAUGCACUUCAGCGAACAACGAUAUAGGCCAUCUCUCGAGGAGAGGCUGGAGAGUAUUAUCAGUGGGGCUGCACUGAUGGCUGACUCUUCAUGCACACGUGAUGACCGGCGCGAGAGAAUUGUGGCUGAGUGUAAUGCUGUACGACAGGCCCUUCAAGAUCUUCUCACUGAAUACAUGAAUAAUGUAAGUUAUAUGAAACAAAUUUGCUUUGGGCCUUAUGAUCCUUUGUGCCUGUAUUCUUUACAAAUUUGGAGCUAACCUCCACAAAAAAUUUCAUGAAUUGAUUUUCAUGGUUUAAAAUUAUUGACAGUAAUUUAUUUGAAACAGAAAUGAACAUUACAACCAAAAUUUUUCUCAGAGGCUUCAAGACAGAUGUGGUUAAAAGGCUGAUGCAGUAGUUAGUUGUUAAGGAUGUGUUUUUUGAAAAUAAAGUAUUAAUCUUUGUUCCAGCUGUGGUAUACUGGAAGUGACAAAUUUAUCAAAAUUGAUUGCUGCUCCUCAAGGCUAUUGUUCAUCAUUUUCAUUGAAUCACCAUUUUAUGGAACAUGUCCUGAGUAUUUUUGGUUAGUUAGUAUCAUAAGAAAACUGGAUAAUAAAUCUCUGAUCCACACAGCCGUAAGAAUGCAAUGCAACACAGAAGUUGUAAUGUAAUUGUUUACCGAAUCGUUCUUGAAGAGAGUUUCCACCUACAAUGGAAUUCAUUUGUUACAUUAUGAUCUGACACUCAACCGUAAACUCUCUAUGAUCUCACAAUAAUGUCUGAGAAAAUAUGGCCCAUCAUUUCAUUUGAUUAAUAUGUAUUCACUUAUGUUUGCUGGUUUUAAUUAACAUUAAUAUCUUAAAUGGAGACUCGUGGAAGUAACCACAGAUUAAAAGAGUGGUAUGUUAUGCAAGUAAAUUCUCCAUUAUUACAUGCAAAACUUAAAAUCAUUUUUGUUACUGUAUAUCUGUUGAGAUGGUUUAUGCAUUAUUACUUUAAGUUGUAAUAUUUGUUUGGAAGAUAUUAAGGAUUCAGUAAGAAUGGUUUUUCCAAAUGGGAUAUGAUGAUGCAGUAACUUUACUGAUUUUCUUCGACGUUCUUGUACUUAAUAAGUAACACAGCUGCUAUCUGUUCUUUAUAGCGGAAUCAGACUCAUUUGUACAAAGAAAAGUG